AUGGAACUUUAUUCUUCAUCUGAACAGGGUAUGCUUACCUUCUUCUCACUCUACUUCUCAUUUCAGCUCUAUCCAAGUACUGAUUUUUUCCUUGGACCAGUUUUCCAACGUGGGAUUUCUGGUUUAGCACAUGUACUUUUGUUAUUUGCUUUGUUCUUAUACUGGGUGUGUGAGAAGUUUAAGGUGGGCUGUCUUGAGGGUCCAAAAGAUAGACCUAAAAACACCAAAAGUUGGUUGUACUAUAGACAUACUUUCAUCUGCUGUUUAAGUCUUUCUGCGUUUAAUCUUGUGUUGUGUGUAUUGAGCUGCUUUUAUUGGUAUAACAAUGAUUGGACUUGGACUGAGAAAAGGAUAGUACUGACCCUUUUGGAUUUUUCUGCUAGAACACUUGGUUGGGGUGCAAUUUCUGUUCAUUUGCACAACCAAUACUCUAUUUUUGGUGAAUCAAAUACCUCGUGGUUGCUGAAAGUUUGGUGGGGUCUCUACUUUUCUGUUUCUUGCUAUUGCCUUGUCGUUGACAUUUUUCUAUAUACCAGACAUGCUUUGUUACCUGCUGAAUCCAUAAUAUCCGAUGUUGUUUCUGUUAUCACUGGUCUGUUUUUCAUGCACAUGGGAUUUUUUAAGAAGGAAGAAGGUGAAGAUUCUCUUCUUGAAGAAUCCCUUUUGAAUGGUGAUGAUGGUACUAAUGUAGCGUCAAAUGAUACCAGAGGGGAUGCAACUGUGACACCCUAUUCUAAUGCUGGAAUACUUAGUCUUUUAAGUUUCUCUUGGAUGAGUCCUUUGAUUUCUCUUGGGAAUAAGAAGACUUUGGACCUUGAGGACGUUCCUCAACUUGAUGCCAAGGAUAGUGUUUUUGGGGCUCUUCCAAAUUUUAAAAAUAAGCUUGAGGUUGUUUGCGGCGGUGUAGGUAAUAAUAGAGUGACAACACUCGAGUUGGUUAAAGCAUUAGUCUUCUCAGAAUGGAAAGAGAUUGUAUUGACAAUUUUCUUUGCAUUUAUUAAUGCUGUGGCCACUAAUGUUGGCCCAUAUCUUAUCAGCACAUUUGUGCAGUACCUUAAUGGGAGAAGGGAGUUCAAGAAUGAGGGCUAUAUUUUGGUUUCCAUGUUUUUUGUUGCAAAGAUUGUGGAGAUCAUCGCAGGAAGGCAAUUUUAUUUUAAGAUGCCCCAAAUUGAACUGAGGGUACGAGCUGCACUUGUUGCGGUUAUUUAUGAUAAAGGUUUGGCUCUUUCAUGCCAGUCCAAACAAGAGAACAACAGUGGGGGGAUCAUCAAUGUCAUGACAGUUGAUGUUGACCGAGUUAGUGGCUCGAGUUGGUCCAUCCACAAUGUAUGGAACGCCAUUGUACAAGUUUCUUUGGCCUUGUUCAUUUUGUAUAAAAAUAUUGGCAUUGCAACAGUUGCAACAUUUCUUGCAACUGUCUUAGUUAUGCUGACAAAUGUCCCUUUGGGAAGAUUGGAGGAGAAAUUUCAAAGCAACCUGAUGGAGUCUAAAGAUACUAGGAUGAAGGCAAUGUCUGAGAUAAUGAGUAGCAUGAAGAUUCUCAAACUACAAGGAUGGGAGUUGAAAUUUUUAACUAAGAUUGUUGAGCUCAGGAAAACUGAGGAAGGAUGGUUGAGAAAAUAUCUUUACACUUCUGCUAUGACCUCAUUUGUCUUCUGGGGUGCACCUGCAUUUAUAUCUGCGGUCACAUUUGGUACAUGUGUACUUUUGAGGAUCCCACUUGAAACAGGAAGGAUCUUAUCUGCACUUGCAACAUUUGGUAUUCUUCAAGGGCCCAUCUAUAGUCUUCCAGGGACAGUUUCAAUGAUGGUGCAAGCUAAGGUUUCUCUUAACAGAAUCGCAUCGUUCCUUUGUCUUGAUGAACUGCGGUCUGAUGUUAUAGAGAAGCUUCCAAGAGGUAGUUAUGAUGCAGCAGUUGAGAUAGUUGAAGGUAAUUUCUCUUGGGAUUUGUCUUCGCAAAGUCCAACAUUGAAAGACAUUGGUUUCAAGGUGUCCCAUGUCAUGAAGGUAGCUGUUUGUGGCACUGUUGGCUCGGGUAAGUCAAGCUUGCUCUGUUGCAUCCUAGGAGAAAUGCCAAAGAUAUCUGGUACUGUUAAGUUGUGUGGUACAAAGGCUUAUGUUUCUCAGUCACCAUGGAUACAAAAUGGUACCAUAGAAGAGAACAUAUUGUUUGGAAAGGAGAUGGAAAGAGAAAGGUAUGAGAGAGUUCUUGAAGCUUGUUCCUUGACUAAGGACCUGCAAAUUCUUUCUUUUGGUGAUCUGACAAUCAUAGGGGAGAAGGGAAUAAAUUUGAGCGGCGGCCAAAAACAACGAAUACAAAUCGCUCGUGCCUUAUACCAAAAUGCUGAUAUUUAUCUGUUUGAUGAUUCUUUCAGUGCUGUAGAUGCUCAUACAGGAUCCCACCUCUUCAAGGAAUGCCUGCUUGGCCUUUUGAGUUCAAAGACAGUCAUAUAUGUGACUCAUCAAGUUGAGUUCUUACCUGCUGCUGAUCUUAUAUUGGUCAUGAAAGAUGGAAAGAUUACCCAAGCUGGAAAGUACAGCGAUAUCUUUUGUUCUGGAACUGAUUUUAUGGAACUUAUGGGUGCACACAAUGAAGCCUUGUCUGCAAUUAAUCUUGCAGAAACAGGUCCAGUUGAAAAAAUAUCCAUUGGCAAGAUUGAUGAAAACUUGGUUGUUGAGAAUGGGUUCACAGAGACAGAAGAAAUUAAAGGUAUACAAGAUGGUGAAAAUGGUAAUGACGUUGGACCAAGACGACAGCUUGUUGAAGAAGAAGAGAGAGAGAAAGGUAGAGUUGGGUUAUCAGUCUAUUGGGAAUAUAUCACAAUAGCAUAUGGAGGAGCACUUGUGCCAUGUAUAUUGUUGGCAUAUAUUUUGUUUGAGCUUUUCCAGAUAGGGAGCAAUUAUUGGAUGACUUGGGCAAGUCCGGUUUCAGAGAAUGUAAAGCCUGUUGUUGGAAGCACUACACUUAUAAUGGUAUAUUCUGCUUUGGCCAUUGGAUGUUCAUUUUGUAUUCUCUUUAGAGAGAUGCUUCUUGUGACAAAUGGAUAUAAGAUAGCCACUUCAUUAUUUAACAAAAUGCAUUUAUGCAUUUUCCGAGCUCCCAUGUCAUUCUUUGAUGCCAAUCCAAGUGGAAGAAUCCUAAAUAGAGCUUCUACCGAUCAAAGCACGGUUGAUAUGAAUAUUUGGAUUAUAUUUGCCUUUGCCUUUUCAUGCAUCCAGCUUUUGGGAUAUAUUGCUGUGAUUUCCAAGGCCUCAUGGCAGGUUUUCAUAGUUUUGGUCCCUGUCAUUGCAGCAUGUAUCUGGUACCAGCAAUAUUACACCUCUUCAUCUCGAGAACUAGCGCGAUUAGAAGGAGUCUGUGAAGCACCGGUGUUACAACAUUUUGUAGAAACAAUUUCAGGGUCAACAACUAUAAGGUGUUUUGAUCAAGAAUCAAGAUUUCAUGAAAGGAAUAUGCAAUUGAUUGAUGCAUAUUCCCGAACUAAGUUUCAUUACUCCAGUGCAGCUGACUGGCUAGGCUUUCGCACGGAUAUGUUGUCUUGUGUUACAUUUGCCUUCUCAUUAUUAUUCUUGAUUUCUGCUCCUGAGGGACUUCUUGAACCAGGCAUUGCGGGCUUAGCUGUAAUGUAUGGACUUAGUCUAAAUAUUGUACAAAAUUCGGUUGUCUGGAGGUUUUGCAUCAUGGAGAACAGGAUAAUACCAGUGGAGAGAAUACUUCAAUACACAAGAAUCCUUAGUGAGCCUCCUCUUGUAAUAGAAUCAAACCGCCCAGAUAGUUCUUGGCCAUCAUAUGGAGAAGUUGAAAUUCAUGAUUUGCAGGUUAGGUAUGCGCCACAUAUGCCACUUGUGUUGCGGGGUAUCACAUGCACUUUUCCCGGAGGAAAGAAAACUGGCGUUGUUGGAAGAACAGGUAGUGGAAAAUCAACUCUCAUACAGACACUCUUUCGGAUUGUUGACCCUGCUGCUGGCCAGAUUGUGAUAGAUGGUAUCGACAUAUCUUCGAUUGGACUGCAUGACUUGAGGUCUAAGCUGAGCAUUAUUCCUCAAGAUCCAACCAUGUUUGAAGGGACAGUAAGAAGCAACCUUGAUCCCCUUGAGGAGUACACAGAUGAACAAAUAUGGGAGGCCUUGGAUAGGUGCCAACUUGGAGAUGAAGUUAGGAAGAAUGAGGGAAAGCUUGAUUCCUCAGUUUCAGAAAAUGGAGAGAAUUGGAGUAUGGGACAAAGGCAGCUGGUGUGCCUUGGCCGAGUGCUACUCAAAAAAAGUAAAAUCUUGGUGCUAGAUGAAGCUACUGCAUCAGUUGAUACAGCAACAGAUAAUCUGAUUCAGAGAACUCUUAGAAAACACUUCUCAAACUGUACAGUUAUAACUAUUGCUCAUAGAAUAACUUCUGUUAUUGACAGUGACCUGGUUUUGCUCUUAAAUCAUGGGCUUGUUGAAGAACAUGACUCUCCUGCUACAUUGUUAGAGAAUAAAUCAUCAUCUUUUGCUCAGCUUGUAGCAGAGUACUCUGUUAGAUCAAUUUCCACUUCUGCUCAUAAUUAA